CAUUUCCUCUUGCCCUGCUUGUGUUUCUCCAUGCUGCUCUCACUGAUCCAACCAUUAUUCAUUGUAGUGAUCUUCGCAUUCCAAGAAGUUCAAGUCUGACAUCCGUUUGUUUCUGCAGAAAAUGUUAGUACGUUAUGUUUUCAACGUUAAUUGAUUGGGGCUCUUGUUGUAUGUUUGCAGACUUUUAAUGUGGGAAUUUGUUCGAUUCCGCAUCAAGGGUCACACCAUCUGUUUGAUAAAUUUUCUUAGAGAGUGCGAUCAUUCUAUGGACACAUAAUUUGCAAAAUCUGACCUUUUUUCUUCUUACGGUGUCCAUAAAAAUUGAUGACCGUGCAUACAUGAGUUGAAAAAUUCAAGCCCCAGUCGCUGGUUUGCAUGACUGGUUCAUUAAACUGCGUUGGUAGGCAUGCUGUUAGUAUAGAAAUGAAACAAAAAUGGCUAAGUUCGUUGCUGCAAACUCUCAUUGCCCAGAAGCCCAAGAAACAUAUUUCCUCUCUGUACUGCACAAUGUCAGCAACCUCUAAGGACAUACAGGAGCUGUGUACUGUUGUCUCUAGCAGCAUUGGUGGUUUAGAUGAGCUGGAAGCGACUCUCAGUAAACUUAGUUUUCCUUUCACAGCUUCCGUUGUGACCGAGGUCCUUGAUUCUUGUAAAAAUGAAGCACCCACUAGGAGAUUGCUUAGGUUCUUCUCGUGGUCUAGUAAUAAUUUAGAUGAUAAAUUGGAGGAUAAGGUUUACAAUCAUGCAAUUCGGGUGUUUGCUGAAAAGAAGGACUUCAGGGCCAUGGAUAUACUGAUAUCAGAUCUUUGCAAGGAAGGCCGAGAAAUGGAGACUUCGACUUUCAGUCUUGUAGCUGAGACAUUGGUCAAAUUAGGGAGGGAAGAGGCGGCUUUGGGGAUCUUCAAGAACUUGGACAAGUUCAAGUGCCCGCGUAAUAGGGUUACAGUAAUGGCUAUUGUUAGUGCUCUUUGUGCCAAAGGACAUGCUAAGAGAGCAGAAGGGGUUGUUUGGCACCACAAGGAUAAGAUUUCAGGUAUAGAGUCUUGCAUCUACCGGAGUAUACUUUAUGGGUGGUCUGAGCAGAAAGAUGUAAAGGAAGCACGGAGAAUUAUCAAAGAAAUGAAAGCUCAUGGUGUUAUGCCUGACCUUUUUUGUUACAAUACAUUCCUCAGGUGCCUUUGUGAAAGAAAUUUGAAAUCAAAUCCAUCAGGUCUUGUUCCUGAAGCUUUGAACGUGAUGAUGGAAAUGAGGUCCUAUGGGAUUAUUCCUACCUCAAUCAGCUACAAUAUAUUGCUCUCUUGCUUGUCUAGGGCUAGAAGAAUCAAAGAAUCUCUGCAAAUUCUCGAAAGAAUGACAAGUUCCGGUUGUUCUCCUGAUUGGGUUAGCUAUUAUCUUGUUGCAAGAAUUCUGUAUUUGACAGGGAGGUUUGGGAAAGGUAAGCAGAUAGUUGGUAAGAUGAUAGAGAAGGGGUUGGUGCCGGAAAGAACGUUCUAUUAUGGGUUGAUUGGUAUUCUCUGUGGAGUUGAGAGAGUAAAUUAUGCUCUUGAGCUGUUUGAACAAAUGAAGAAAAGCUCAUUAGGUGGCUAUGGGCCUGUUUAUGAUUUGCUUAUACCAAAGCUUUGUAGAGGAGGAGAGUUUGAAAAAGGCAGAGAGCUCUGGGAUGAGGCAACAGCUUUGGGCAUCCUUCUCCGCUGCUCAAGAGAUGAGUUAGACCCCUCAAUCACCAAGGUUUUUAAACCACAGAGAAAAGUGAAGGAAGAAGUAAACCUCCAUCACUGUGCACAAGAAAGUCGACCAGAAACGGCAAAGGCUAUCAGAAAGGAAAAUAAGAGCAAAAAGAACACAAAGAAGAAAAAUGCAUCUCAUACUUAAUUGAUUAGGGAGACUUGAUCAUUGGAGAAAGAUAUUAUAAGGUUCAUGUGUCACCUUGCAAGUGAUUAGAGAUUCGCACGGCUGACAUUGUUAGGUUCGCGUUCUGUCUCAACAGGUUGGGGUUUGAAGAUUCACAUGAAGACUUAUUCUUGUAUAGAGAUUAUGAAUAUAUGGGUUACAAAUAUAGAAGUGUCGUGACAAUGUAUAAAAACGAGAAGCGAAUAAAUAGAUAAAAGAUAAACAAACACAAGAUUUACAUGGUUCGAUCACAAUGUGUGAUCUACGUCCGUGGGAAAACACAAACAAUUCCACUAUAAAGAAAAUGAAGCAAUACAAUCUCUUAAUUUCUCUUAAACCCAAAACCCCUAAUUACACCCUUAAUCCCUUUUCUUCUCACACACAAAUUACAUGAAUGAGAAUUUUGUUGAGAAAAACACAAGCAACUCUUCUGGGCCAAAAGCCUACACUACAGUUAUAUUACAGUUGAACAAUAAGAGAGCCUGUCUCCUACUAAUUUCUCUUCCUAUCCUAACCUUCUAUACAACAAUUUCUUGAUAAAUUCCUUGUCAAAAUCUCAACUUAAGAGAACAAGAGAAAGGGAUCCUAGCACUAUAUGUUACAAGAAAAGAAUUAAAUUUGAAUGCAACUACAAUGUUAAAGAUCUGUACAUGUUUUCAUGGUACAUUCUGGGGUUGGUCUUUACAGUCCCGAGGGCAGUCGCUCUGGUGCUGAAAUGCCAAACGAGUGAAGCCAAAACUGCACCUGGUGUAUUGGGCU